CGAUUUUAAUUUCAAGGUAAUGUUCGUAGGUCUUGGUCUCUGUUAUCUGAAAGAGACUUGUUUUCCACAAAUUUCAUAGUAUAUAGUUCAUUGCAUAUAUUUUGUAAAACAAGGCAAGUGCAAGGAUGCCCGAGGAUAUGAUGGUCCCCGCGGGGCCUUAUAAGCUGCCUAAGCAGUUCCGCCGAGAACAAAUGCGACGUCAGAAGAAGGACUUGCCCUGGUCUAAGCGUGUGUUCGACAUGGACGAGAAAAAACUGUUCGGCCGCACCGCUUGGGCCUGGCUACGGAUCACGCUGUUCUACUUGACCCUCUACAUCAUCAUCUCUAUCAUUGCGGGUUUCUGGAUCCUUCUUUUUAAGUACGUGCUCAUAUCUAAAGACCACCCGAUGUCCGCCAAGAAAACGCCGGGCGUGUCGCUGGUGCCACAUAACUCGACCACCAUAUCCUUCAUUCCCCAUGAGCCUGCGACAAUCUAUCCAAUUGCGGAUACGAUCGAGGAAUUCCUUCUUAGUCUGAAGGACAACGCCAUGGAUUUCUUCAGCGACUUCAAUGAGGACGAGCUAUGGGGCUACAAGACGGGAAAGCCGUGCAUCUUUGUCCGGUUAAACAAGGUGAUCGGUUUUAAGCCGGACACCUACGAUACCCCCGAAGAACUGCCCAAGGACGCGCCAUCCGAGCUCGUUGAUAUCAUACGCAAGCACGGUGGCAGUCCCAGAAUCUGGCUCAGCUACAAGGCGAACAGUAAGCCAUCUCCCACGAUCCUUUACUAUCCGGGUCCUUUCUUCGAUACCACCAGGAUGUCGGGCGUAGAGCGCGUGGUCGCUGUGCAGCUGAACAACAUGCCGGCUAACGUGGACGUUGAACUUGACUUUAAGGUCUGGGCCCGCAACAUUCCCAUAGAGGACAGGUACAAUGGCAAAGGUCACGCCAGGAUAACUCUGCACAUGAACACGCAAGCCGCCCUAAAGGCACCUGAGAGAAACAGGUUCGCUGUUGCCCGCGACUCGGAAAGGAAAAACGCUCCAGGAAAGGAAAGGUCAAGGGCUAAGCCAAUCACCUUUUUUAUCAAGGAACCAUCCAUUUAGAGCUGCGAAAAGCCACUUCACUGUAACGUUAUGUUAAUCAAAGUGUUAAAAUACAAAAUAAUUGGCUAA